AUGUGUUUCCCAAGCAUCGCCGCUGUGCUCGGGCUACGAGUCAACGACAGCUGCGCAGACACUGACGAGAAGACUUUGCCUCUGCCAUCACAGAUGCCCACGACUCCACUCACUAAGAGCCAGAUUCCGACAUCACCACCCACUCCUGUGUUUAGCAGUUAUACAGAUCCUGACCACGUUGCCGCGACUCUGGACAUCCUUUCGCAUCGCACAAAGCAGAAGCCGUUCAGAUUUUUCGACCUACCCCGUGAGCUGCGCGUACAGAUAUACGAGUAUAUCUAUCACGACUCCCAGAUAUUCGGUUUCAACGAGCCACUAUUGGGACAGACGUGGAAAUCAUCAAUGGAGCACAUGAAGGUAAAGCACAAGAGGGCGGUCUACGCGAUCAUCCUCUAUUCUGUCACUUGUCGUUUCCGGCACGAGUACCUAUGCGUGUGGGCCGAGCAGCAUACGCACGACAUGAAACUGGACCUCGACUUCUGGCGCCGAAUCAGGAACAAGGAUAAAGCGCCGGCCGAUUUCUCCAUGGCCACACCAUGGAAAGGCCACCAACUCGUUGGCGCGAAAACACUCGCUGAAGCUCUCUGGACUCAACUUAGUGCGCAUCUGCAGAAAAUUGAGUUGAGGUAUGGCGUAGCUCGACGAAUCCGUCACGUCGUAGUCCAUGCCAACAGCGCCCAGAACUGGGAACACCUGGCCGAUGCACAACAACCCCAUCACAUGGUCGGCCAGCUAGCGAUCCAGAAAGCUUUGCGGCAUAUGCAGCGUCUGGACCAUUCGCUCGCCCAUGGGAAUUUGGUCGUGGAGCUCGUGGUGCUGGCGACGAACUAUCGUCAGCGUCCCACUGGACCGUUUAUAUGGUGGCCUGCAAGGCGUAGAGCAGUCUUCCGCCAAGCUCAUGGCUUAGGCGUGGAUGGAGCUAGGUUGCGUGCUGAGCAGGACUGGGUGCUUGUAUUGGACGUUGUGGAGCAGAAGACCUUUCGUGCUGCGCCGGGUACUGGUGGUGUUAAUCCAGCGGGCACCUGGGAGUGGGAGGUCUCUGGUGCCGAGCGGGAAGGAGUCGUAUAA